AUGGCCGGAUCACAGCUCAAGAGGCUCAAGGCCUCGCUGCGCGAGCAGGGCCUCAUUGGUCCGCAAAAGUCGAAGAAGCAGAAGCGCCAAAAUGCCAACGACCCCAAGGCGCAGGAGAAGCGUCUGCAGAAGGCCGAGGCUCUCAAGAGCAUCCGCGAGCAAUUCAAUCCCUUCCAGUUCAAGACCAACGCGAGGGGCCCAAAAUUUGAGGUCACAACCAACAAGCCGACCGAUAAGAAUGGCAUGGUCAUUAAGGGCCGGCCGGAGUUGUCCCGGGCGAGGAGCGAAGAGAAGCGUCGCCAAACUAUCCUCGUCGAGAUGCAGCGGCGCAAUAAGGUCGGCGGCAUCAUUGACCGGCGUUUCGGCGAGGGCGACCCGAACCUUUCCGUGGAGGACAAGAUGAUCGAGCGCUACACCCAGGAGGCGCUGCGGGCCCACAAGAAGAAGGGCAUGUUCGAUCUGGAGGACGACGACGAGGCUCGCCUGACCCAUAUGGGCAAGCCACUGUUCGACGACGACGAAGCGCCGAAAGAGGACUUUUCCGAGGACGACCUGCCAUCUGGCGACGAGUCCGACACUACGCGGGCCGAGCGGCGUGCGCUGAAGCGCCAGCGCCUUGCUGAGGCUAUGGAGGGGCUGGAGGAUGAGGCCGGGCAGCCGGAGCGGAAGAAGACCAGGAAGGAGAUCUACGAGGAGAUUAUUGCCAAGUCGAAGAUGUACAAGGCUGAACGGCAAGCGAUCAAGGAGGAAAACAACGAGCUCCGGAUGGAGGUCGACCAAGAGCUCCCCGAGGUCCAGCAGCUACUCUACCAGAUCAAGAAGCCCGAGACCGAGAAGAAGGAGGCCCCAGUGCCCAUCAUCGCCGGCAAAGAGAAAACGGUCGUCGACAAAGAAUACGAUAUCCGGCUCAAGCAGCUCGCCAUGGACAAGCGUGCGCAGCCGGCCGAACCGGUCAAGACCGAAGAGGAGAAGGCGGCUGAAGCGGCUAAGAAACUCCAGGAGCUGGAGGAGAAGCGUCUGAAGCGCAUGCGUGGCGAGCCCGUCUCGGAUGAUGAGGAGAGCGAGAGUGAAGAGGACAAGGGGAAGAAGGAUAAGAAGGACAACGCUGUUGAUCCUCUUAAUGCCGAGGAGUCCGAGGAUGAGUUCGGUCUCGGUAAGGGCGUCAAGUACAAGCCAACAGCCACCGAGCUGGGUCUCGACGACGAAGACGACUUCCUGAUCGACGACGACCUUGUGGCGAGCGGUUCCGAAUUGGAAUUUGACAGCGAGGAUUUUUCGGAUGUGGAGAGCGAUGAGGAGGAAGGGAGCUCAGAGUCUAAGGAAGAUGAAGAGGACGAUGAGUUCAUCAAGGGCAUCUUGACAGAAGCCGAGCAACAAGAAGCUGUCUUCCAGCAGCCGAAGCAAGGCGACGACGAGAACGGGAUACCGUAUACGUUCCCUUGUCCGCAGUCUCACGAGGAGAUGCUCAACGUCGUCAAGGGCAUCGAGGUCACGAAGCUGCCGACUGUCGUCCAGCGGAUCCGUGCCCUCCAUCACCCCAAGCUGGAUGCGAAGAACAAGGAGAGGCUAGGAAAUUUCUCCCAGGUCCUCAUCCACCACAUCGCCUACCUGGGCGACCGCUUCCAGCCGCACUGGUUCCCGACUCUGGAGCAGCUGAGCCGCCACGUCCACUCGCUGGCAAAGACGUUCCCGAUUGAGGUAGCCAAGGCGUACCGCAUGCGCAUCCAGGAGAUGGAGGAGCAUCGGCCGCUUGCGCCCACUGUCGGCGACCUGGUGAUCCUGACCGCCAUCGGCACGACCUUCCCGACCUCGGACCACUUCCAUCAGGUCUGCACUCCGGCGAUGCUGGCCAUCGCCAGGUAUCUCGGUCAAAAGGUUCCUGCUGCGCUCUCUGACUUCGCCGUCGGCAUCUACCUGUCCAUCCUGGCUCUUCAAUACCAGGACUUUGCGAAGCGCUACGUUCCCGAGAUGAUGAACUUCCUUCUCAACACCCUCUGCGCUCUCGCCCCAGAGAGGGCCAAGUCCAAGCUGGGCAACUUCCCGGUGCACGAGCCGCCGGCGGGCAUCCGCAUCAAGGAUGCCACCAACACUCCCAUCCGCCAGCUCAACUGCGGCGACUGCUUGCGCAAGGACGAGCUCUCCCCAGCCGAGACCUCCUCCCUGCAGAUCGCCAUCCUCUCCACAGCAACCGCCAUCCUCAAGUCCGCAGCCGACACCUGGCACAAGCUCCCCGCGUUCAUCGAAUCCUUCCAGCCCGCUCUCUCCGUCGCCCAGCAUCUCCUCACCAAACCUAAUGCCUCUCAUCUACCAUCCUCUCUAACGUCCAAAUUGAACGACCUCGCCUCCCACCUCUCCCGCCUGCUCCAACUCUCUCGCCUCUCGCGUCGUCCCCUCGAACUGCACCACCACCGACCCCUGGCCAUCAAGACCUACAUUCCCAAGUUCGAAGACGACUUCGACCCGGACAAGCACUACGACCCGAACCGGGAGCGCGCCGAGCUGGCCAAGCUCAAGGCGGAGCACAAGCGGGAGCGGAAGGGCGCGCUGCGCGAGCUGCGCAAAGAUGCGCAGUUUAUCAGGAGAGAACAGCUGCGCAUCAAGAAGGAGAAGGACGAGGCGUACGAGAAGAAGUUCAAGCGCAUUAUUGCGGAGAUUCAGAACGAAGAGGGAAGGGCGGCCAACGAGUAUGCGAGGGAGAAGGCCGCGAGGAAGAGGAAGAGGUGA